CGAGGCGGGCGUCGUGGGCGCGUCUGCCGGCCAUGACACUGCCGGUCUUCUUCGGGUGCGCCUUCGUGGCCUUCGGGCCGGCGCUGGCGCUCUUCCUGCUGACGGUGGUGGGCGAGCCGCUGCGGGUCAUCAUCCUGAUCGCGGGGGCCUUCUUCUGGCUGGUGUCGCUGCUGCUCUCCUCGCUGGUCUGGUUCGUGGCGGCCAAGGCCAGCGACCCGGCCGACCAGGCGCUGCAGCGGGGCCUGCUGGUCUUCGGCGUGCUCUUCUCCGUGGCGCUGCAGGAGGCCUUCCGCUUCCUCUACUACAAGCUGCUCAGGAAGGCGAUGGAGGGGCUCCUUGCCCUCAGUGAAGAUGGCUGCUCUCCCAUCUCCAUCCAGCAAAUGGCCUAUGUGGCCGGCUUGGGGUUCGGGCUCAUGAGCGGCGCCUUCGCCAUGAUCAACCUGCUGGCGGAUUCCCUGGGGCCUGGCAUCGUGGGCAUCCAGGGAGACUCCCAGCUCUACUUCCUGACUUCAGCCUUCAUGACUCUGGUGCUGAUCCUCCUGCAUACCUUUUGGGGCAUCAUCUUCUUCCACGGCUGUGAGACGCGGCGCUGGGGGGAGGUGGCAGCUGUGGUGCUCUGCCAUCUCACCGUCUCUGCCCUUACCUUCUGGAACCCAGUCUACCUGGGCAGCCUUUUGCCAGCAUACCUGCUCAUGGUGGCCAUGGCGGUGUGGGCUUAUCAUCUCUCCGGAGGCUCCAAAAAGAACCUGCAGCACUUCCUCCUGUGCCUACGGACCGCACCCCAGGCAGGAUCCUGAGCCUUCCAGCCACCCUGCAAGGAAGUUGGGCCCCAGGCUCUCCGGAGGGCAUCGGACGAUUGUGCCCUUGGAACACGGGGGCUGAAGAUGGGACUAGACCUGCGGAACGGCUGCCCCCAACCAGCCCCAGGAAAUCUGUCUGUCCUCUUGGAAUCUCGCUGGGUCUCCCCUUUGGCUCCUGAGACUUGAUGGGGUGGGAGGGGGAGGGGGGGUUGGCCGAGCAGCCAGGCAGCCUGUAGGGUGCAGAGAGAGGCUCCUUGAUCUGCUGCUGCUGCUGCUGCUGCUGUCAGGGAGGGGAGGGGAGCGGAGGGGGGGUCGGGUGGAGCACCCAGUCUUGCCUUGCUUGAAAGUCGGGAGCAGAAGCUGAGCAGAGCCGUGGCUUCCCUUCUUCUUAAGUAGCACCAAUAAAGAGACUGGCUAAAA